GCAGACGAGAGAAGUGUUGUUGCAUCGUCGGAGAUGCACGGGCGAAAAGCGAGAGCAAAGAGUCGAUGUGUGGUACAUUGCCCAACAGAGGGAGGCCUGUGAAGGAAAAUGUCGUUCAUGAAGGGAGAUCUUCUUAUGAGGACCCGGCGUCUCAUCAAGGGACGUGUCAUCAAGAAACCACUGUGGUUUGAUUCCGUGGCUAAUUCUCCACCACAAUCGAUUCGUGUGCGCGACGGCAAGGCUCCGAAAAUUGAAUUGCCCGAAGAUCGUCUCAUCAAGUCAUAUCUCGCACGUUAUCCGGAAGCUAGAUGUAAAGCUUUUGACUUGAACAGCUUUGAAGCACCGAUUGCCCGACAAUUUGCAUGGCGAGUGUUGGAAUUGUUGGAUCGAGGCUUUUCUGAGGCUUGGGCUCGUGAUAUUGUGGAGGCUGACUUGGUCUCGGAGGAGAAAGCGAAACGAAGAAAGGAAAUGCUUGAAGGGAGGCCAGUGGCGAAGACUGCACUUGAAGAAGCGCAAGAAGAGGAUUGGGCUAACAUGGCAAAUGGUUUACAUAACAUGCAGCCCACUGGAUCUGCAAACAACUGAAGAGAUACAAGUAUUGCCAUCGAGAGACUUGAAUUUCCUGCAUGCUUGUCAGUGAAGUCAGACCUACUAUCAGAAAAUAAAAGACGUAGACUUUCCCUGUCCAUACAUUUUCAUAGUAUUUUCAGGAAAUUUUCAUAGCGGCUGAGACUUUUGAGGAUAGAUUGCAGUUACAUGCUUAUGAUAUCAUACCGACAUGAUGUGAAAUCAGUGAAAGUUACUUUUAAUGGAGAGAAACAAUUUUGGCAGAACUGGAUCAUGAACAUUCUUUUCAAGUAUGAGAUAUAUUACAUCCGGAAGAAAUUGUGAUCUUGCUACCUUAGGAUGUGCCAUCAGUGUUUCUCUGCUUCAAGCUCGGAGUGUGUAGAAAAGAUAUAAGAAGGUCUUCAUGAAAUCAUUGACUAGAAUAGAAAGUUAUAGACGCUAGGUUGGUCUCUCUGUCAGUUCAUCGGUUCUCAGGGGUGCUUCAGUUAUGUAGAGUUUCCACCUAAACUUG